GAUCACUAACAUCCCUGCAAUGGCACACUCUAAACGCAACACAUCUCUUCCCCAUUUCACCUCAUAUGAAAGGUCUCUCCUCCGUUCCACUUGGGGAUCCCAGAGUACAAGACUAUCGCGUGAAUCCUUCCUGCCCUUUUCCUCCUGUAGACUAUGUCUUCUCCCCGCCCGCUCUCCGGUCGUUGCAUGUGCCACAAACGGCGAUAUAUUCUGUCGGGAAUGCGCUGUGAACGACCUUUUAGCGCAAAGAAAAGAAAUUAAGCGACUAGAGAAGGAGCGGGAGCUGGAGCAGCAAGAAAAAGAGGAAAAUGAUGAGAGACUGGCGCAGGAAGCGAGGGAGAGAGAGUUAAAGGAGUUUGAAAUGAUAAGCAUGGGGUUGGAGGAUCGGAAGAGGAAGUUUUCAAACCGAGAACAGGACCAAGACCGUACACGUGAGGGCGAGGGAAGUCCGAAUAGCGGUGAAGAGCUGGCGAGGAAGAAGAGAAAAGGGUUUGAGCUGGAUGAGAUGGAGAUGAAGAGGAUUGCCAGGGAGGAGAGGGAAAGAAUACGGAAGGAGAUUCAACGGGAGAGGAGCGAGUCUGCGAAGCCGCAGAUGCCUUCUUUCUGGAUCCCGUCGUUGACGCCAUCUACUGAGAACGGUGCGAAUGAUGCCAAACCUGCGAAAUUGAGCCCCAUUUGUCCCGCUUCUACGCCUACAAACAAACAUGGUUAUUCCUUGAAAUAUCUAGUCUCGGUAAACUUCUCAGAAGUAAAAGAUGACCAGUCAGGAGAAAUGAUAAGGGUUUGCCCGUCUUGUAAACGGGCUUUGAAAAACGGUGUCAAAGCGAUGUUAACGAAACCGUGUGGGCAUGUAAUCUGCAAACCUUGUGUAGAAAAAUUUAUGACGCCCCAUAAAGAUCCAGAUCCUCACGCGCAGGACCCUGAAGAAACUGAGCGCCAUGGACGGAUGCUUUGCUAUGUCUGUGAGACAGAUAUCACUGAGAGAAAGUCUAAAAAAGAUGGUAAGAAGGACAAAGAUAAGGAGAAGAUACGACCCGGGUUGGUCGCAAUAUGUAGCGAGGGUACCGGCUUUGCGGGCGGAGGAGCGAAUCUUGCGAAAAAGGCUGGGACAGCCUUUCAGUGUUAAUGAUCAUACUCUGUACGUCAUUUGAUCAACAGACAAUCACAUCAUGCUGCCUAUA